ACCAACGGUCACCCUAAAUCCACACUCCGGAGCAGAAGGUGGCAGUAAUGCACAAAUAAAUUGGAUUCCAACCGCCGUAAACAAGAGGAAGAUGAAGUCCAAUCCCUCACCUGCGUCUUUUUAACUAGCUAACUAGUUAACGUGGCUGGAAGCUCUUUCGUUUGCUUUGAGUCAGUUGCUAGCCUGACUAGCUAAUGCUAGAUCAUGGAGCUAGCUCCCUUGCUAGCUAACGCUCGCAAGUGACAGGUCGCUGGCUUCUGAACGCAAAACGUUGUACUUAGCUAGCUAGCGUGCUAGAAGUAUACUUAUUUAGUCUUGAUUUUGCAGAGCCUUGGAUUGAGUUAGCUAGAGCUACUGUAGCGUUGUUGGUGAGCUAGGUUUUCCUUUCCACCGUGCCUGGCUAGCUAGCUGAUGUCGGGCUAGUUAGCAUAAUACCUGUCAUCGGUACUGGAUUCUGCAGGAAAUGGUCGACGCUCUCAUGUGCCCAUGGAGAAGGCGGCCUUCGAGGGGUGGCUGGAGUCCGUCUCCACCUCUUUCCUUGCGCUGAGUGACCAGCAGCGCAACCAAUCCCUGGACCACCUCAUCUCACUGAGCGGUGCCGUCCAGCUCCGUCACCUGUCCAAUGGGCUGGAGGCGCUGCUUAAGCGUGACUUCCUGCGCCUGCUGCCCCUUGAACUCACUUUCUACCUGCUGCGCUGGUUAGACCCACAGACCCUGCUCACCUGCUGCCUGGUGUGCAAGCAGUGGAAUAAGGUAAUCACCGCCUGUACGGAAGUGUGGCAGGGUGUGUGCAAGGACCUAGGCUGGCGGAUUGACGAAUCCAUCCAGGAUGCGUCCCACUGGAAAUGUGUCUACCUCAAGGCAAAGCUGCGCAUGAAUCAACUAAAGGACCAGGAGGCCUUUGAAACAUCCUCGCUCAUCGGCCACAGCGCCCGGGUCUACGCGCUCUACUACAAAGACGGCCUUCUCUGCACAGGCUCCGAUGACCUUUCAGCCAAAUUAUGGGAUGUCCGCACAGGCCAGUGCAUCUACGGCAUUCAGACCCACACCUGUGCUGCGGUGAAGUUUGAUGAGCAGAAGCUUGUGACUGGGUCCUUUGAUAACACCAUCGCUUGCUGGGAGUGGAGUACUGGGGCCAAAAUCCAGCAAUUCCGUGGUCACACGGGGGCAGUGUUCAGCGUGGACUACAAUGACGACCUGGACACACUGGUGAGUGGUUCUGCAGACUUCACUGUGAAGGUGUGGGCGCUGUCUGCUGGCGCCUGCCUCAACACGCUGACUGGACACACGGAGUGGGUCACCAAGGUGUUACUGCAGAAGUGUGAAGUAGAAUCGAUGAUGCAUAGUCCUGGGGAUUAUAUCCUGUUGAGUGCUGAUAAGUAUGAAGUCAAGAUUUGGCCUUUGGGGAGAGAGAUCAACUGCAAGUGCUUAAAGACCUUGACUGUGUCAGAGGACCGCAGCGUGUGUUUACAGCCACGCCUGCAAUUUGACGGGCGCUACAUCGUCUGCAGCUCUGACUUGGGCUUGUACCAGUGGGACUUUGCCAGCUUCGAUGUCCUCAGGGUUAUCAAAACACAGGACCCCGCCAGCCUCUCUCUGCUCAGCUUUGGCGAGGUGUUUGCCCUGCUUUUCGACAAUAGCUUCUUGUAUGUCAUGGACCUCAGGACAGAAACUAUCUCAGGCCGGUGGCCUCUGCCUGCCUACAGGAAGUCCAAACGAGGCUCCAGCUUCCUGGCGGGAGUGACUACUUGGUUAAAUGGGCUGGAUGGCAUUAAUGACUCUGGGCUUGUGUUUGCCACGAGUAUGCCUGACCAUAGCAUUCACUUAGUUCUGUGGAAAGAAAAUGGAUAGCGUGAAAAGAUAUCACAAAACCUAUAUUGCUAGGUUGAUUAAAAAACCGCCAUGUCUCUGGUGCUUCAAGUUCACAGACCCACAAGCCAAUUUACAUAAUGCAUGGACCAAAGUGUAUUUUAUAUAUAUAUAUAUGAAUAUAUAUAUUAUGAUUUUUUCCCUGCCCCCAUUUUAUCUUUUCACAUGCUCUCAUACACAAAUCAUGCAGUUUGCUUGGGGAAAGAGCCGAGUUGAAAUGCAAUCUGUUGGGGACGGCACCACCGUGGGGCAUAUUAAGGCGCUGCUACAUAUGCACUGAGAAAUGGAGUGGGGAAUGCUAUACUAAGAAGCACUUCAGUUAAGUUCAUACCAAGCCAUCGGUCCACCAACCUUGAAGACGUUGGAGGAAUGAAGAUUUACCAAAUGAAGGAACACAUUCAAACUGCAUGGCUGACAAGGACUUAUCAACAAGUGGAGACUGUAAAAUGACGUACCGUUUAAGAAGUUGCCCGUUAUAAUAUAUAUACCAGAUUAUUUUUUACGUUAAACAGGGUUCUUAAAGCAGCUAAGUGGGAAAGAGAUGCCUUAAAACAAAGUAGUACUUUGUUAAGGAAGUACGUCAUUAAGGACGUUUUUGGCACAGUGUGUCCUAGGUUUUUACACUUACAUCCCCAUAGCAGUUACAUUUUGAAAUGUUCAAAGUGGUUUAGUGCAUUGGCCUUUUUGUGCCAUGUGAAGCAUUGUUUAAAGGUCCUGUGUAAGUAUUGUAAAUGCUUUUCUUGGGGGUUCUUGUUUUAAGAAGUCGAUUUAAGAAGUGGGUGAUGUGCCUUUUUAGUUGAUUUUGAUCAUUCAUCCAGAGAAGGACACACACAGAACCAUAGUUUCAUGAUUUCCUAGGAAUAUUGCAAUAAGGGUGACUGUAUUGCGAUUUAAUUUUUUGAUUGUCCAUACUUACCACACUAUAACCUAUGGUGUAAGAUGUAUUUAGUAUCUUACCACUAUAUAUCCUGUGAAUCAAGUUUCUAGUAAAUUGCUUUAUUGAAUUAUAUUCUAGAUCAAGUGCAGUUACAGGUUUAUUUUUGUAAACAUUUCGAGGUUUGCACAGGAUUUAGAAUAUAUAAUUUUUUUUGACCCAAAACUCAACGAUAUAUGACAUGUCUCAUUGCAGAAACAAAGUUGAGCACUUGAAGGGACACCCCCAAGAUUUUGACAAUGUAUCUUCAUCUUGCUUUCAUGUUUCCAACUGUAGGCCAGGUACUUGAGAGAAUUUUUUUUGCCUCGGGUUAGCAUUUUACCAUCUUGCAGUGGAAAAAAUGGUUAUGACUGUCUUGCAUUUAAAACAAAAAUACUGAUAAGACUGAAGAUUUUGACAUUGCAAGCACUGCUAAAAGAUAAAUGUGUGUUAUAUAUUAUUAUUAUUUUAAAAACAGCAGAUGUUUCUGCACUGUGCUCAAAAGACUAAUUUUCUAUUAUACAGCAUCCAAUAUCAGCAGUCAAUUCAUUGUCAUGUUUAGGCUGCAGUGCUAUUCACUAACAAAGUUGGAAGGUUCUCCACAUUGCUUGUGUUAUUCUCAAAAACGUGCCUCUUUGUGCAACCGAACGAGUAAUUGCAAAAUCUACCAAGAUGAAAAUGCUGAGCUGCCCGUUAAUGUUUUCUUACAAAACAGAAUUAUUCUCAGAGUAUAUCCCUGGUUUAUAUUGUCUAGCCCAUUAUCAGACAUAAGUUCAUAAUGGUAUAUUUUCAUAUUGUGGUUCUCACUGAAAUACACGUAAUUUUAAGUACGUAAGUCAUAGAUAAGUUUGAGCAGUCAGGGACGACAUCAUUUCCUUCAUCAGGUCAGUCUUCCCAUGUUGAAGCUAGGUGAAAGUAGUGUGCAUGGUAGAUGUGAAUGAUUUAAAACCAAACCCUUACAAAGAGACACAAACCAUAUACUGAAGUGAACAAGAUUUUCUUCCAGUCAUUGUCAAUGCCUUUUUGUACUUUAGAAGAGAAAAUUGUCCGGGAAAACUUUCUUUCGGAUCCAUUGAUGAAAGUUGGUGUAAGAUAGCGUUUUCAUUUCUCUAGCAACGCACAUGCACUGCCUCACUAACUAUAUUGCACUGUAACAGACGCUCUAAAAUUACUUGCAUCCAUUUACAAUAAGCUUACUUCAGAUAUGUUGGUUGUAUAUAACGUUGCAGUCUUUCUAAAUAAAUGACAUAGCUAACUGAA